UUAAAAAUCUACAUCAGGAGUGAAAUGCUUAAAAUUACUUACUUCAGUGAGUAAUUUACUGAAAUAUGAUUUCAGAUUAAUCUUUUUCGUCUAGUAAAUAUUUGGGGCACAAAAUAAUAAUGUGAAGCUUCAUUACUGAGAUGAGAAGGAUUUAGUACAAGUUGUUGUAAGGAAUGGCUCUUUUGGACAGAACCUGGCUAACUGUUUACCACUGUUUCUAGUAGUUAUGCUAAGUCAAGCAAACCACCUGCUGGCCCAAGCUUCACGUUGAGCGCACAAGUACUAUUAAUCUCCUCAUUUAACUCUUAGCAAAAAAAAGCAAGUAAGCCUAUUUUCAAAAUGCUGGGCCGUUUUUUUGAGUGAACACUGAUGUUUGCUCAAUGCAGCUAGAAAAGAAAUAAAUCAUUGCUUCAAGGAUUAUUUAAUCAUCAAUGGUAAAUUGUAAAAUAAAGUCAGUAUAUUGACAGUCAUGUGUUUCUUUUACUUUAUACACAUUGCAUAACUUUGUUCUACAGUAUCAGAAAAAAACAAAAAUAAGUUGUUGUAAGGGAGGAAGUUUGUGUGUGUGUUAACGCGUCUAUCUGUCUGUGUGCAUGCCACUGCAGGUAAAAGCGAGACUCCCCCGGCCCGUAAAGCGAUCCUAACACCAUGAAUAAUGAAGCGUGCCGUGGCAAAGAGGAUAAGUUCUCUGUGCAAGGCUCCUUUUUCACAGGGCUUUCUCCCGUGGGUCACGUGAGUGCUGAGGUGACAGUAAUUUUUCAUGAGUAGUGUGUGUUAUCAUAUGGCCAUAAACUGUCAAGGUUGGAGACAUCCAGGUAGCCACUGCACCCUCUGCGUGUCCUGAGUCUGUAAACCUGCAGGCUGUAAACCCGCAGCUGCACACACCUAUGCUGCUCUGAACCCCAGGACCUCUCUGCAGCGUCAGAGGGUCAAAUGAAUUGUCUUACACUAUUACAAACUCAAAGCAGCACUUACGCAACUAAAGGCUAGGGAAGUGGAUGAAUAAAAGAUGCCGUCGAAACAGAAAAAAUCCACAUCUUCGGAAGAAACCGAAGAGGUUGAUGACGAAGUGGAGGAAACAGAGCCAAAGUUUAAGGAGAGGAACAACAGUGUGACCCGUGCGGACACCACAAAAGGAGAGAAGAGUCGGAAGAAACACAAGAGCACAGAGAGCUCUGAGGAUCAGGAGGCCUCAGAGAAAGAGAAGAAGAAAAAAGAGGGUGAAAAAGUAAAAGAGAAAAAGAAGAAAAAUAAACCAGAUGAUGAAGUUGAAGCUGUUGCUGUGAUUGAAAAUGAAGCUGAGGAGGGGGAGCAGAACAAUAAUGACCCCACGAUCAAUUCCAAGAAGGAGAAAUCAGAGAAGCUUGAAGAGAAAGUGACUGAGGGAGCAAAGGAGGAAAAGAAAAAGAAGAAGAAGUCCUCCACAGGGAAUCCAGAAGGAGAGGAGGAAAUGGGAUCCAAGGAUAAGAAGUCAAAAGAUGGAAAAAAGAAAAAGAAGUCCCACAAUAAUGGUGGUGAUGAGGAGCCAUUAAUUGAGGAGCAGGAAGAGGAGGAGGACUCAAAGAAAAAGAAAAAGAAGAAGGCAAAGAAGGGAUCGACGGACAGUGACGAAGACAAAAAGAAAAAGGGGAAAAAAUCCAAAAAUAAACAGGUGGACUAUGGCGUGAUCUAUCAGAAUGAGCUGCUGAACUACCACACAGACUCGUCUGAUGGAUAUGAGGAUGAGUACUACAAAAAGAAAGUGUAUGAGGUGGUCACUAUUACUGGUGAUGUUAAGGGAGCUGGGACAGAUGCUAAUGUGUUUGUCACCCUUUUUGGAGAGUUUGGUGUCACGCCCAAGGUUCACCUGGCAAGCAAAAGCCGAACUGCAUUUGAGAAGAACAAGACGGAUGUUUUCCGUAUCAAAACACACAACGUGGGGCCUCUGAAGAAGCUGAGGAUUGAGCAUGACAACACGGGGAUGAACGCCAGCUGGUUCUUGGACAGGGUGUUGGUGACCGACAUGAACCGGCCCCAUCUGCGUUUCUAUUUCGCCUGCAACAACUGGCUGAGUCGGGAGGAGGCUGACAAUCUGUUUGUCAGAGACCUGCUGGGCAGCAUGAACCCCAUGGACGUCCCGAAAUUAAAUAAAUACGUAGUAAGUGUGUUCACUGCUGACAUGAAGGGAAGUGGAACUGAUGCUGAUGUCUUCCUAAACAUCUUUGGAGAGAAUGGUGACACGGGAGAGAGACGACUGGACAGUGACAAAGACAACUUUGAGCGCGGGUCAGAGGACAAGUUUACGAUAGAGGCACCAAACCUGGGAAAGCUGAGGAAAAUCACUAUUGGCCACAACAACAGAGGAUCAUCAGCUGGAUGGUUUCUAGAUAAGGUAGUGAUUGAUGACAUGGGGAAUAAAGAGUUGUAUGAGUUUCCAGUUAAUCGCUGGUUUGCCAUGGAUGAAUGUGAUGGCAAAAUACAGAGAGAUGUGUUGGUUGGAUCCGUGCAGCCAAUGGGAAUCGUAUACAAUGUACAAGUGAUGACUGGAGAUGUGAGGGGUGCGGGCACCAACUCUAAGAUCCACAUGGUCAUGCAUGGCUCCAAGGGCUUAAAGAACAGUGGCAAAGUCUUCCUAGAGGGUGGUGCUUUUGAGCGUGGUCUCAUUGACAUUUUCAACGUGGAGAUUUGUGAACUGAUCAGCCCGCUUAGCAGGGUCACCAUCGGGCACGACAACGGGGCUGUUGGUGCUGGGUGGUACUGUGAAAAGGUCGUAAUAUAUUGUCCGUUCACGGGCAUUGAGCAGACAUUUCCGUGCGGGAAGUGGCUAGACGAGGACGAGGGCGACGGACUGAUUGAGAGGGAGCUGUACGAGAUGGUCUCUCUCAGGCAGAAAAAACAGAAGAAGUACCCAUGGUCCCUGUGGAUUUGGACAUCGGAUGUGAAGGGGGCAGGGACAGAUGCCCAGGUGUUUCUGCAGAUCUAUGGAGAAAAGGGCAAAUCUGAUGAGAUCAAACUGGAAAACAACUCAGACAGUUUUGAACAAGGCCAGCUUGAUAAAUUCAUGAUUGAAAUGCCAGACAUUGGAAAGCUGCUGAAAGUGCGCAUCUGGCAUGAGAAGAGAUCUCCAUUUGCUGGCUGGCAUUUAGCAAAGAUCACUUUGCUCAAAACCCUGACAAUGGAGAAGUAUUCUUUUGAAUGUGGCCGUUGGCUGGACAUCAAUGAAGACGACAAUGAGAUAAUCAGAGAGCUUCCAGCUACUGGAGCGCUCAUCAGUGAGCCGCUGCCUUUGAUAAAGUAUCGAGUCACCAUCUGCACUGGAAACGUCAGUGGCAGUGGCACUGAUGCCAGCGUCUUCCUCAAUAUAAUUGGUGACCUGGGUGACACAGGGGAGCGACUCAUGUUUAUGAGCAAAAACAACGUCAACAAAUUUGAAAAGGGCAAUCAUGAUGAGUUUCUUAUUGAGUCUGUGUCCUUGGGACGGGUGUGCAGAGUGCGUGUCGGUCAUGAUGGCCGCGGUGGAGGCUGUGGUUGGUUCCUUGACAAGGUGAUGGUCAGGGAAGAGGGCCAGCCAGAAAGUUUGGCCAUUGAGUUCCCAUGCUUCAGGUGGUUGGACCGUAAUGAAGAUGAUGGACAGAUUGUUCGUGAGUUAGUCCCAGCUGGAGAGGGCCUGCGUCUCUUUAAUGUCAGCUACCACUUCGCAAUCAAGACAGGCAAUGUAAAUGGGGCCAGCUCGGACUCCAGGGUGUUUGUCAAGCUGUAUGGGGAGAAGGGUGAUACUAACAAGACAAUAUUGGCAGUUUCUGACAACGACCUCAGGAACUACUAUGAGACGGGACAAACUGACAUCUUUACACUUGAAACAUUUGACAUUGGAAAGAUCAACCGUCUCCUGAUUGGUCACACUAAUGAGGGCUUGCGGGCUGGCUGGUUUCUGGACAGUGUGCAGAUCUCUGUGCCAGUUCAUGGGAUGCAGUACAUGUUCCCAAGCCACCGCUGGCUCUGCAAAGACGAGGCUGACGGGAAAGUGGAGGUUGAGAUCUAUCCCAGUGAGAUUUUGGACAUCGAAAAAUUGAUCAACUAUGAAAUAACAGUGGUCACAGGGGAUGUGCGUGCAGGUGGCACCAAUGCCAAUGUCUUCUGUCAGAUCUACGGAGAUGAAGGAAAAACUGAAGUUCUCGCUCUCAAGAGUCGCUCCAACAAUUUUGAACGUGGCACCACUGAGAUCUUCAGGAUUGAGGCUCAGGAUGUCGGUAAGAUCUACAAGAUACGUAUCUACCAUGAUGGGAAGGGUAUUGGAGAUGGCUGGUUCCUGGAGACGGUGGACGUAAAGCGGCUGACAAUGGCUAUGGUGCUGGUUGAGGUGAAAAAGGAGGAAACCAAGAAAGACAAGAAGAAGGACAAGAAAAAGAAGAAGAAAGAAGAAGAGGAGGAGGUGGAGAUGGUCGAGGAGCUGCAGGAAGUGGUGGAGGCAUUUGCUUUCCCCUGUAACCGCUGGCUGGCCAGGGAUGAGGAAGAUGGGGAGAUUGUGGUCGAGCUGCUGACUGAGGACAGUGAAGACCUGGAGGUGAACUCAUAUGAGGUUCAUGUGUUCACUGGGACAAUGUGGGGGGCGGGGACUGAUGCUAAUGUUUACAUAAACAUCUAUGGAGAGAUUGGCGACACUGGGGAGCGACAGCUCAGGAAGGCAAACAACCUGAACAAAUUUGAGAAAGGCCAGGAAGACAUUUUCAACAUCACAGCGGUCGACUUAGGGAUGCUGAAGAAGCUGAGGAUUCGACAUGACAACAGUCAGGCCAGUGCUGGCUGGUUUCUGGACAGAGUGGAAAUUGUAGACAACAAAGAUGACACCACGUACUUUUUCCCUUGUAAACGCUGGCUGGCUACUGAUGAGGAUGAUGGACAGCUUGCCAGGGAGCUCGUUCCUGUGGACGAAGCCUUUAUGAAGAGAGGGGAUGAUGAUGAUGAUGAGGAAGACUCUGAAGCCACACUUGGUCUGGAACAGAAAGCCAUGUCAACUACGUACACAGUGAGGAUAAAAACUGGUGACAAAAAGUAUGCAGGAACUGAUGCUAAUGUCUUUUUGAUCUUGUACGGCACCAAGGAUGACACAGGCAUAAUUAACCUGAAGGCUUCAAAGACUCAUAGCAAUAAGUUUGAGCGGGGUAUGAUCGACGAGUUUAUUGUGGAAGCGGUGGACAUUGGACCACUGAAGAAGCUGAGGGCUGGACACGACAACUGUGGUGGCGGAUCAGCAGGCUGGUUCCUUGACUGGGUGGAGAUUGAUGCCCCGUCUCUUGGGCAGAAACUGCGCUUCCCCUGCGGCCGUUGGUUGGAUAAAGGGGAGGAUGAUGGGGCCAUUGUCAGGGACCUUUUCCCAAAUUCUCUUCAGACUGAACUUUACACACCAUUUGUUCCUUAUGAAAUCAAAAUCUUCACGAGUGACGUGUUUGGAGCCGGCACAGAUGCAGAUGUCUUCAUUGUCCUGUACGGGCGAAACGCAGUGUGUACCCAGCAGAAGUCUCUGUGUGUCAACAAGAGGGAGAGACUAAUGUACUUUGAGAGAGGCGCUGAGGACAUGUUUAUUGUUGAGCUUGAAGAUGUGGGGGAUUUAAUUGAAAAGAUCCGGAUUGGCCAUGACAACCGCGGGGUCAACCCAGGCUGGCAUCUGGACAGAGUGGAGAUCAGACGUCUCCUCAGGAAGGGAAAGGGUUCAGAGACCAUCAUAUUCCCAUGUGAGCGCUGGCUCGCCAAGUCAGAGGAUGAUGGUGAGACAGUGAGAGAGCUGGUGCCUUCUGACAUCAUCACUGAAAAACUUUCACGUGACGGAAGCCUGAAAGUCACCGAAGUUGAGGUGGAAGAUGCCCUGGAGACUCACACAUACAACGUGUCAGUGAUGACAGGUGAUGUGAAUGGAGCCGGCACUGAUGCCAACGUCUUUCUCACAAUUUACGGAGACAUCGGGGACACCGGGGAGAGAAAACUCAGCAAGUCGGAGACAAACAGCAACAAGUUUGAACGGGGAUCUGUGGAUAAGUUUACAAUUGAGGCCGUUGACCUCGGACAGGUUUUCAAGAUAAAAAUUAGGCAUGAUAACAGCAUGAUGUGUUCGGACUGGUACUUGGACCAGGUGGAGGUAGUUGACGAGGAUACGGAAGAGGUCUUUCUCUUUUUAUGUGAACGUUGGCUGUCAAGGAAGAGGGAGGACCGACGCAUUGAGAGAGUCUUCUAUGUUAAGGGUUAUGAAGGAGUCAGAGAGAGUCUAAACAAUAAAAAGAAGAACUCAGCCCCAACAGUAAAGAGUGUCGACAGUAACAUGAACAAAAAGAGCAAAAAGAAGAAAGAGGAAGAAGAAAUUGAGCUCCCGAUCAUACCAUACCACAUCACCAUCUGUACUGGGCUGGAGCGGGAUGCAAGCACCACCAGCAGGGCUUAUGUGAUCAUUAUUGGGGGCAAUCACACCCACACAGAGAGGUUGUGGCUGAAUCUGCCAGACGAGAGGAAGGGCUUUGAGGCCGGCUCUCUGGAGAGCUUUCAGUCCCACGGUUCAGAUGUGGGGGAGAUCAAAAAGGUUGAGCUCGGUCAUGAUGGGGCCACUCCGGAGAGCUGCUGGCUGGUUGAUGAGCUGUCUGUUGCUGUGCCAACCAAAGGGGUCAAAUAUAUCUUUGCUUGCAAGUGCUGGCUGGCCAAAGAUCGAGGAGAUGGUUUGACUGCUAGAGUAUUCAAUGUGCUGGAUGCAGAGGCCAUUUCUAUCUCCCAACAGAUGAUGUACGAGGCGACUGUAGUAACGGGAGACGUGCAGAAUGCAGGAACAGACACACGGAUAUACAUGUCUGUGUUUGGAGCCAACGGCAGCACAGAGGAGAUGCUUCUGCAGAAGAAUGAGGACAGGUUUGAGCGAGGUCAGGAGGACACUUUCAACAUGGAGAUUGAUGACAUUGCUCCACUGAGGAAAAUGAGGCUUCGCAUUGAUGGCUCAGGGAGUCGACCUGACUGGUUUCUAGAAAAGGUGAUCAUGCGUAACCUGACCACAGAGGAGGUGUCUUCGUUCACCUAUGAGGAGUGGCUUUCAAGGACCCGUGGACCCAAGAGAACCAUGAUAUGUGAGAUGGCUGCUGUAGUGAACGAGGAGAUGAUGGUGGAGCCCACCACCUAUAUAGUCCAGGUCAAGACCAGUGAUAAUGCAGGGGCAGGCACUGAUGCCAACGUGUGGAUCAUCAUUUUCGGAGAGAAUGGAGACACAGGGACGCUGGCAUUAAAAGAGUGCAACAAGUCCAACAAGUUUGAGCGCAAGCAGGUGGACACAUUUCGCUUCUCGGAUAUCCUCAGCAUGGGAGAGCUCUCCAAAGUGCGAGUCUGGCACGACAAUUCAGGUCCUGCUCCAGGAUGGCACUUGGAUUAUAUCGAUGUGAAGGAUGAGAUUAUGGAUAAAACAUUUCGUUUCUCCUGUGACCGCUGGCUUGCCAAGAAUGACGAUGACGGACAGAUCAUGAGAGAACUGGCAUGCGCAAACAACGACUACUUGGACCUUAACGAAAAGACGAAGUACGAAAUCUGCAUCACAACUGGAUACCCUGAAACCAAAGAAAAUGCCUGGAUUGUACUUGAGGGGAGGAAGGGCCGAUCCAAAGAAUUUUUAAUGGAGAACUCCUCAAAGAAGAAGAGGUUCUUGCGGGGCAAUGUUGACAAGUUUGAGUUUUCGUCCAAGAACCUGGGGGACAUUGCUGGUAUCUGCCUGGGCCACACACCCAAGGAUGGAAAGAAAGUAAAGGGGGAUGUUAACUGGCAUGUGGAGGAAGUCGUCGUCACCGAAAGGGAACUGGGAAACAAGUACAUCUUCAGUUGCAAUGCUCUCCUCCCUCUCUCUCCAAAGAGGGAUGAGUUCUUGACCUUUGAGUGCACAAAGGCCGUCGAGAGCUUUGCCAGUAAGGCUCGAAGCCUGGUGCCCGUCAAGUAUGAGAUUAUCAUCAUCACGGGUGAUGAGAAGGGAGCCGGUACAGAUGCCAAUGUUUUUAUUACUAUCUACGGUUCCAAUGGAGAUUCGGGCAGCCGGCAACUGCGGCAGAAGUUUCGUAACCUUUUUGAGCGCCAGAGGACAGACCGUUUCCUGCUGGAAAUGCUAGACAUGGGGGAACUGCUGAAAGUUCGGGUGGAGCACGACAAUUCUGGUCUGAACCCCGGCUGGCUGCUGGACCGCGUGGAAGUCACUAACACAGCCAAUGGUGUCACCACUAUCUUCCUCUGUGGGAAGUGGCUAGAUACCAAGAGGGCUGACGGGCAGAUCGCCAGGGUCCUCUACCCAAAAUACUAGAAAUACUAUUUAUUUAUUUAUACAUACAAAGUUCCAUUGCAGAGAGAUCUCCUCUCAUGUUUAAAAUAAUGACCAAAGAUAUUCUGCUCUGGCAAGUUUUAUAUCUCAGGAACUGAGGCAGAUUUUUUCUCAUUUUUUUAAAUUAUAUUUAUUAUUAUAUUAUAGUUAGAUAUUUAAUACCACUUGGGAAUAUAGCCUGCAAUGAAAUACUGUGACAAUACCCUGUUAGGGUAGGAAACGGAAUGUGCCAUUCUUUUUAGGUUUCAUAUGUCAGGGAGGGUUUGUUUAGUUGUUUUGUUGUAAUUUAGGUUUUAUAAAAUAUUAAACUCUUUUGCAAU